AUGGACGCAUCCCAUCUGGCUGCGCGGGACGGCGGUGUUGCGCCGGCGGCAUUUAUUGACCCGGCUAUUGAAGGCUACGCGCGGCGCAUGGCCUCUUCCAAGAUGCUGAUUCGACAGGACGCAGCGCACGGGGAGCCCCGUGUCCGGGCGAGGUGCGAAGCAAAGGCUAUUCGUCUGCAAAAGGGGGACGAGGAAAACCCAAUUUCUCGCCGGCGGGCAGACGCGCAGCCGACGAGAGAUGCGGGCGGGCAGCCGGCGGCGAUACAAAAACGAGCGGCGCCUCUCCCGCCGCCGCACACGCACACGCACACGCACACCACCACCACCACCAUGCCAACAUUGCCCCAUCUCGUCCUGUGCCUCGUGGCCGCCACGGCCCUCGCAGCGCCCAACGAGCCCUGCUACGCCCAGGGGGGCCGCGCCGGCGUGUGCCUCACCGAGGCGGCCUGCACCGCGGCCGGCGGCACCACGGCCACUGCGCCAGCCCCGCCACCGUCUUUCACAAGUUUCCGCGGCCCGAGAUCCCCGCCGCCGACUGCAAGGACAGCGCCGUCCGCGGCGCCGCCACCAUCCUCGACGCCUUCCCGGGCCGCGUCUGGGCCGUCGGCUGCAAGCGCGACUGUGCGUGCCCCGGCGCGUCGGACCACUGCUGCGGCCUGGCGACUGACCUCAUGUGCUCUGACGGCUAUGGCGUGGCUGCCCACCCUGUCUGGCAAGCAAAUCGCCGAAUGGGUCAUGCGCCACCGCCGCCCCCUCAAGCUCAAGUACGUCAUUUGGGGCCACAAGAUCUGGAACCCGACCGUCGACGACGAGCCCAAGAAGUGGGAGGAGUGGCGCACCAUGAAGGACAGGGGCGACAUCACGCAGAACCACUGGUUACCUUGUCCCCUCCCCUCUUCCCACCCCUAUGCCUGCCGUGCGCUGACCGUUUCUCCUCCCCAGGGACCAUGUCCAUGUGAGCUACGAGGAGUUUGA